CAAUCUGUAUCUAUCUUCUUGGUUUCGGAUUGUUGAUGUCGGGUUAUAUAUUGUUCAGAUUGUUGAUGUCGGGUUAUAUAUUGUUCAGAUUGUUGAAGUCGGGUUAUAUAUUGUUCAGAUUGUUGAUGUCGGGUUAUAUAUUGUUCAGAUUGUUGAAGUCGGGUUAUAUCUCAGCUUCUAGAUGUACACAAAGCCUGCACCACCUCUUGAGCUCCUUGAUAUUGUCUUGUUCUGCACAACACCACUCCCAUCCUGAAGCACUUUGAGCAGUCUUGUAGCAAAGGCCAAAAGACAUAGAAGCGGAACCAGAACCGUGGUAGGAAGAGAGCUCUCGAUCAAGAGCUCUCUCCAUCACCUAGAGCACAAGGUACUUCCCUUCUCGUUCCUCUGCUCGUAGAUUCGAAGUCUACGUGUGUGCCUCGAUACCUGAGUAUCACUUGAUUAGUCGUGACAGGUUGUUUAUAAUCCUAAACGGGUUAGGAGAGAGCAUCCACAACGAGAAGGAAUAUUUAAGGACAUCUUCCUCACCUCCGGAUCCAGUCCUCUUCCUCCACCAACCAUCCCCACCAUCCAGGUCAGUAACCCACCCACAUACAGUCCUCAGCAGGAGGGGCUUCCGGAGAAUAACGAAGACUGACUCAGUAACUUAGAUCCAGUCAGACAAUUGACUGGCACCGUUAUUGUCUCCAUCUUGAUAAUUCUCUUUCUUCCAACCCAAAACAGCUGCCUCAGAUCCAUACCAAGUAAGUUGAUCCCACC